UGUGUCUAAAAGUGUCCACUAGGUUUUGUUUUAACGAAAAAAAUAUGCAUUCUUUUAACAUUUUAUAUGGAUAAUAUCUAAAAAGUUUGACGAGCAGAGACCUCCAGAAUUCGAACCAACAUCUAAGAUAAUGGAGAGAGAAUUGAAAAUGUCGGCAACCCGUCGAAGUUAUAAAAAUCUAGCAUCAGUUUGUGUCGGAUGGUUCCUGUUGGUCGUAUCAUUCGGAUCACUGCAGGGUAUUGUCAGUAGUAUAAACCACGAAGAUGGUCUGGGAUUCUUUUCUAUGGCAUGUUUUUACGCGGGUGCUAUUGUCUGUCCAUUUGCCGCAACAGUAUUUAGAAGAUGGAAUACGAAACCAGUUUUGUGUGUUUUAACCCUUGCUCAGAUACCAUUGGUAUUAUCAUAUGCGAUUCCUAGACUUUAUACAGUGUUACCAAUGGCAUUUAUCGGCGGUAUAGCACAGUCGGUUGCAUUUUCUCUGACAGGAGCAUACCUGGUUUGGGUAUCUGGUAUACUGAGCAAUGCCAAAGGUGACACAACCAGUCGGUAUCUCAGUAUGGCAUUUGGUAUUUACUACAUGUCUGUUAGUUUCGCACCUGCGAUAGGAGGAAUAUGUUCAACGUUUAUAUUAUCUAUGAAAUUUGAACAAAAAUACUAUAAAUACUUAAACUGCACAAACUCUCUUAAAUCUAUAAUUAACGAAAACAUAACCCUACCUAACAUUACUAUAGGGUGUGGACCCGACUUCUGUCCGUUUGAACAAGCAGACGUUUCACAAUUUGAGAUCUCGGGUAUUGUGAGAUACUGUUUACUUGGAUUCUAUUCUUUGUGUAUGGUAGCAGCAACGGUAGUGUUUUCGUUUGGAAUGGAAGAUAAACCUUCGACAGGUCAGGAAAAAAAUCAAAGCAAUCAUCAACUGAAAUUACAAGAUAAACCAGACAAAAAGGACAGUCUGACUGCAGUGUUUAGAUCAACGAUAUAUGUAAUGAAGCAAAGGAGAUUCCUAAUUGUAGCCCCUCUUGUAUUUUAUAACGGGUUUCAGUGGGCUUUUGCUGUAGGUGAUAUCAUGAAGGCAUUUGGUGGAUGUAUUUUUGGUGCAGAAAAGAUUGGGAUAUUUAUAGCAACAUACCAUUUUUCAACAUGCCUGUCUUCAGUAUGUUCGGGAUUAGUUGAACCGAGAACUGGUAGAAAAGUAUUGUUCAUGUUCGCCUGCGUCAUGCACACGUCCGCGUGUAUUAUGAUGAAGUAUUGGUCGUGGUAUCCUUCUUAUCUAGCAUAUGUAUUGUGUGCUAUGUGGGGCUUGGGAAGUGGUACAUUUUUAGCACAAAGCCAUGCUUUAAUGGGUGAACUAUUUCCUUCCGACGUGGAACCAGCAAUGGCAGUUUAUUUAAUGUUCCGAUCAUUUGGUCAUAUCAUGGGAUUUGGAUACGCCCACUUUUUGUGCAUGAACACAAAGAUUUAUGUUACUGGUGGUAUUUGUUUGGUAGCAUCUGGAUUUGUUGCUGUGUUUCAUCAAAAGCCCUAUCUACAGAAAGAAAAUCUUAAAACUGAAAAAGCUUGAUUCGUGUAAUGAUAGAUUUUUUUCUCGAAAAGUCAUUAACCAUUUCAACAUAAGACGGAUUGGCUCAGUAUCAAAGCUGGAUAUAUGUAUAUUUCUCCGUAGCCGCCCAUUUCUUGUUUAUAAUUUUCACUUGUCUUAUUACUUCGGAUUGUUUUCGCUCGUACAUAUUCAAUCAUUCUGAUCAUUUAUUGUGCUUUAUAAUGUAAUGGUUCAUUUCAUUGUACCGGUCAAUUUCUUUUUUGCACCAUGAUAAUUAAUUGAUCAUUAGUAUCUUUCUUUCUACAUCAUAAUUUAUCCCAUGUAUUUAUCUCAUUUGGUGUCUUCUAUCUAUUAGGGAGCUACCAUUUGAUUUUUAUGGGAGGGGGCUAGGAUAAAAAAUGUUGUCCUGCAUUUUUUUUAGUUGAAAUCUCUGUCCUGCCUUUUUAUUUUUCACUCUAUCCGGUCCUGCUUUUAUUUUUUUAGUUUAUCCUGACUUUUUUUUACAUAAAUUGUCAUCCUGACUUUUUUUUCAAAAAAAAUCAAAUGGUAGCUCCCUUAUACGUUUAGUAAUAAUUAGAAUACUUGUAAUAUAUCGUGGAAUAACGUGCUUUUGUAAAUAUAUAUGUGAACUUUUUCUUGUAUUAUCGAACAUUGUGCCAAUAUCAUUGUUUGAGUUCUAUAUAUUUUCCAACUUGU